AUGCCUCUGCUAAGGAAAAAGGAUAUGACAUUGAGGUCUCAAGACGAAGCAUUUUCUAGCAUACUGUUUGGCAGUGAUGAGGAAUGCAGUCAGACCAGAAUUUUCGCCAAUGAACAGAUGAAUUUAAAUAUGGUGGUACCAUUGGGCAAAUGUAAAGGAAUUGCCUUCCAGCUCAAAGAAGAUUCAACAAAAUAUGACAUACACAUUCAUAAUGAAGUCAAAGAAAAAUUCUUAACCAGCGAUGACAGCAGCUGUACGUUGGAUAGAAGAGAAGUUGGAAAGAGUGUGGUGCUCACGCUAUGUAAAGGAAGAAGUGAACUCUGGCAAACUACAUCACUGCAGGGAAACAAAAGUGCAAUAUUAGCAGGAGUUUUAAAAUAUAAAGGAAUGAGACAUUUGAGAAAAUCCAUAGAAAAAGAACUCUUUGCUAAUAAUCGGGGCAAAGCAGAUCCAAACCCCCAUAUUUACGUGGCAGACAGAGAAGCUGUCAGCCAGGGCUACCAAAGCUCAGGCACAGGAAUGAGCGAAUAUAUGUGCGAGUGA